GACAACGGUGAACCGGAAGUAGUUCCGCGUUGUUUAGAUUUCAUCUAGUCAGCCUGUAGUUCAGCUAUGCAGCAACGAGAAGAGAAGCAGUUAGAGGCGUCGGUGGAGUCGCUGAUCUCUCGGGUGGCUCAUGUUAAAAACGCUCUGCACAGUUUCAUUUAUAAGCUGGAGAACGAGUACGAGCGUCUGACAUGGCCCUCUGUUUUGGACAACUUUGCGCUCCUGUCUGGCCAGCUGAAUACCAUCAAUAAACUGCUCAGGAAUGAGAAGACACCAUCCUUUCGCAACCAGGUUAUAAUACCGCUGCUUCUGUCUCCAGACCGAGACGAGGACUUGGCGAAACUUACAGAGCAGCGAGUCCCAGUGUUCAGCCACGAGAUCGUACCGGACUACUUGCGGACCAAACCUGAUCCAGAAGUUGAGGAGCAGGAGAAGCAGCUGAGUACAGAGGCAGCACGUAUUGGCCCCGAGGUGGCACAGAAACAGAUCCAGACGCUGAACAAGCUGUGCUCUAACCUGCUGGAGAAGCUAAACAACCCUCGUGAGGACAGAGAGGCAGAAAAUGCAGCAAUGCGACAGAACAAACCAUCUUUCAACCCGACUGACACUAAUGCACUAGUCUCAGCUGUUGCAUUUGGAAAGGGACUUUCUAAAUGUCGGCCCCCAGGUCCUGUAGCCCCAGGACACCAAGGACAGGGGCAAAUGAUGAGCGGAGGUCCUACCUUACAGCAGGUCACCAUUGGAGGUGGUUCAGGCCAGCAAGCGGGUAUGGGAGGACCUGUGGCUCCACAGCAGCAAGGACAGCCAGGUAGGAGACCUGGAGACCUGGGAAAGAUGCCCAGCAGCAUCAAAACAAACAUCAAAUCUGCAUCUGGCUCGAUGCAUCCUUACAACCGAUGAGCUCCUUCCUUCUCGUCUGGUCAACUUGCAUGCGUUACAUUUCAGAGACUCAGCCUCAGCAGCGCCAGCAUGAACAGUACAGACACCUUUUGAUUGGUUAUGUUCAUGGAAAGGACUAACUUGCUGGUUAUGUGACAUUUAGCGAGUUCUGAAAACGUCUCCACAUCUUCUGUCUGUCACUGAACCGGUUUCCAUUUUUUAGUCCCACGUCCGAGCGUCACUGUGUGAGCCACUAGAUGGCAGUGUGCUGUCAUUAAUGGGAUUUCUAGCUGCUCUGUAUUUUGGACACUUUUUCAAUAAAACAUCUUCAAAAGGA